CACCGCCCCUUCCUCUUCCGCGCAGCCCGAGCCUCCUUUCGGAGCUGUUGCCAAACAGCCCUUAUCCGUGUUAAAACAUCUGCGUGGACCCCGGCGCUCUGAAGGCUGGCCGUCCCACCUCCCCGGGUCGGGAAUACUUUGCGAAGGAGAAGAUUUUGUGUCUUUCUUCUCCACUGGAAAUGGCCAAUGUGCUCUGUAACAGAGCCAGACUGGUUUCCUAUCUCCCAGGAUUUUGCUCUUUAGUUAAAAGAGUUGUCAAUCCAAAAGCCUUUUCAACUGCAGGAUCGUCAGGUUCAGAUGAAUCUCAUGUGGCCACUGCCCCUCCAGAUAUAUGCUCUAGAACAGUGUGGCCUGAUGAAACUAUGGGACCAUUUGGACCUCAGGAUCAGAGAUUCCAGCUUCCUGGGAACAUAGGUUUUGAUUGUCACCUCAAUGGGACUGCAUCACAGAAGAAAAACCAGGUUCAUAAAACUUUGCCUGAUGUUCUGGCAGAACCUUUAUCAACUGAAAGACAUGAAUUUGUGAUGGCACAGUAUGUGAAUGAAUUUCAGGGUAAUGAUGGACCGGUUGAACAAGAAAUUAACAGUGCAGAAACUUAUUUUGAAAGUGCCAGAGUGGAGUGUGCAAUCCAGACAUGUCCAGAAUUGCUUCAAAGAGAUUUUGAGUCACUAUUUCCAGAAGUAGCUAAUAGCAAACUAAUGAUUCUGACUGUAACGCAGAAAACUAAGAAUGAUAUGACUGUUUGGAGUGAAGAGGUAGAACUUGAAAGAGAAAUGCUCUUAGAAAAGUUCAUUAAUGGUGCUAAGGAAAUCUGCUAUGCUCUUCGAGCUGAAGGCUAUUGGGCUGACUUUAUCGACCCAUCAUCUGGUUUGGCAUUUUUUGGACCAUAUACAAACAGCACUCUUUUUGAAACAGAUGAACGUUACCGAUAUUUAGGAUUUACUGUUGAUGAUCUUGGCUGCUGUAAAGUCAUCCGUCAUAGUCUCUGGGGUACCCAUGUGGUUGUAGGAAGUAUCUUCACUAAUGCAACACCAGAUAGCCAUAUUAUGAAGAAACUAAGUGGAAACUAGCAAUAAUGUCAUUUUAUUUGCUGCUUUAUUUGUUUGUUAUUGAUUGAACAAUAUAAACUGUCAAAGACUACAAUUUUGGAAAUAUACUUAUUUCCAGGUAUAUAUUUCAAUGUUUAUGGAUUUACAACACUGGCAAGUGAUUUGGGAUUUUAAGAUUACAAAUGUUAAUUAUUCAUAUUGUCAUUGAGUAUAUGUGGAGCACUUCCACAUUGUACAAAUGUGGUAGUUAACACACGAUCAGGGUAUGAUUGGUCUCUUAUUAUUAGUUCUCCCCUUUAUUGAAAAAGCCUUAGUUUUAAUUAUUUUUUUCAAAAAAAUCAUAUAUUUGGUUAUUAUGGCAUGUGUUCUUUUAUUGCAAUAUUUUAAAACUUAGUUCUUAAAAGAUUUUAAAGUAGCUACAGUUUAAUUUUCAAGUUGUUUUUAAUAAUACAAAUGAGAAUUCUACAUCCAUUGUAGACUUUUCUAAUUUUCUUUCUUCUUUAUUUGUUAAGCAUUCUCAAACUAAUCUAAAUAUUACUUUGAAAUAACAUGGGGAGGAAAAAGAAUAAAGAUAAUACAUCUUGAUGUAUAAAAAAAACAAAAAGCAUAUGAAUCUCAUUCUUAUACACACUUUAAAAAAAAAAAAAAUUCUUAACUCCUGAGUUGGGCCAGAUAAAUACAUUGUAUUUUCAGAUAAAACUAUGCCUCUGCUGCUGAAUCACAUUUCUUCAGCCUCAUUACUUUAGUGCCUUUGUGACAGAACUUGUUUUUAUAGCAUUAUAAACUUUAAAGGAAUCAUCUUUAAUUUGUAAGGCUUUGCCAAUAGAAAUAGACAAAUCUCAGGGAAAAAACAAUUUCUACCAACUGAAAUAAUUGAAAUAAACUAUAUUUUUCUUUGUCUUUUGUUUUUGUAAUUAAAUUUUUGUUUUUAAAAGGAGUACAUGGAGACCACCAACUUUGAUUUAAAACUCUUUGCUUAGUUAACUUGUAGCUUGAUAUAAUAACUAUUGCCUGCAAUUGAAACAGUAAAAGUUACAAAGUUUGUAUUCAUUAUGCGAAAAAUGUGGUGGUUUCCAUAACAUUUUGAAAACAAUUUAUUAAUGUGUGUAUGUAUAUAUACAUGUAUACAUGCAUAUACACAUGUAUAUGAUAAGCUUUCAUCUGUAACUAGCACCCAGUUAAAAACACCAAACAUCAAGUGCUCCAGAGGAUUAUCCUGCUGCCUUCCAGGCAUUUUACUUCUCCCAAAGAUAACCUCUAUUGCAUAAAUUGAUUUUUAUAUCUGAACCCAUAUGUUUCCUUUUGUGUCUGGCUUCUUUUAUUCAGACAUCUGCUACAUUGCACAUUCUUUGUGCCAUGGGUUGAAACUUGUUUUAACCAUUCUAAAGUGCCAUCUACUGGUUGAAAUGAUACUUACUCCUAGGUGGCCAUAGCUAUGUACUGUAUUGUAUGGGGAAGAGACUGACUACAUGGUGCUGAGACUCUCUUUAUUACCUUGACUUUCUAACAAGAUUUCCAGAAACAAAUAGCAUGGUAAGCAGUAACUGCCAGUAAUUUUUUUUUUUCCUUGAAGUGUUAUGGCAGGAUUCAGGAAGGUAGAACUCUUGCUAGUGGUAAUAAUAGAAAGUGCUUAAUUAUUAUGUACUCUGUAAGAAAAACACCUCAAGUAUCAGGUUUUUUUAUGAUAAUUUGAUCAGGACUGUAUAACAAAGAAUUUGUAAAUUAUCCACUUAAACAUUAAUUCUCUACCUUUUAAAAUAAGAUUUAGACAUUGAAAUCGAUAUUAAACCUGUCAAUGAAAAAAAA